GGGGCGGGGCCCUGGCGGCCAUGUUGGGGCCCCGCCUUCCGCUUCCGACUGCCUGUUCUGUUACUUUUACUGGCGCCGCGGGAGGACCAUCUACCCUUUGGUGCGGACAGAAGAGCGAGGAGCAGUUGGGCAGGGAGAGAAUGGCAUUGAAACAGAUUUCCAGCAACAAGUGCUUUGGGGGAUUCCAGAAAGUUUUUGAACAUGACAGUGUGGAACUGAGCUGCAAAAUGAAGUUCGCGAUCUACCUGCCGCCCAAGGCGGACACCGGGAAGUGCCCCGCGCUCUACUGGCUGUCUGGUUUAACGUGCACAGAACAGAAUUUCAUAUCGAAGUCCGGCUUCCACCAGGCUGCCUCUGAACACGGACUUGUGGUCGUCGCUCCGGACACCAGCCCCCGCGGCUGCAACAUCAAAGGAGAGGAGGACAGCUGGGACUUCGGCACCGGGGCGGGGUUCUACGUGGACGCCACCGAGGAGCCUUGGAAGACGAACUACCGGAUGUACGCCUAUGUGACGCAGGAGCUUCCCCAACUCAUCAACGCCAACUUUCCAGUGGACCCCCAAAGGAUGUCUGUUUUCGGCCACUCCAUGGGAGGCCACGGGGCCCUGAUUUGUGCUUUGAAGAACCCUGGGAAAUACCGAUCUGUGUCAGCAUUUGCUCCAAUUUGCAAUCCAGUGGCUUGUCCUUGGGGCAAAAAGGCCUUCAGCGGGUAUCUGGGAGCAGACCAGAGCAAGUGGAAGGCUUACGAUGCUACCCACCUGGUGAAGUCCUACCCAGGGACUCAGCUGGACAUACUGAUUGACCAGGGAAAAGAUGACCAGUUCCUCUCCGACGGGCAGCUGCUGCCCGACAACUUCAUAGCCGCCUGUACGGACAAGAAAAUCCCUGUCGUGUUCCGAUUACAAGAGGGCUACGACCACAGCUACUACUUCAUCGCCACCUUUAUUACCGAUCACAUCAGACACCACGCGAAAUACCUGAACGCUUGAAAAACGUCCGAGAAGAGACUCUCUUGGGGAUUAUACGAAUUGUAAUAAACAGAAUUGCAGGGGGAAAAAGAUUUCAAAACAUUGUAUUUCAUAAUGCUGAAACGCCUCAUUCUGUAGUUAAAUCACCUUCUGAAUAAAGACAUGAAACCUG